CCCAUUCCGGGAGCUGAAGCAGGAAGAGGGUGGGGCCUGCACUCACAUGGCCCAGGAGGUCACUCGCAUUUCUGGGGUCUCCCAAAACCGGGGCCUAUACACAGGAAAUGCAAUCCCAGCGCCUGGGGCCCAGAGCUGGGAUGGGACCAACCUGCCCGGGAUGCCGCCGUCGCAGACCCUACUCACCAAUCAGAAACCCGAUAAAGCUGUUGUAUCAAAGAACCUUCUACUUCCACUUUGAGAACCUACGCUAUGCCAACAGCCGAAACAACACCUUCUUGUGCUACGAAGUGCAUAGGAUGGAGUGCGGUGAACUCGCCCCCCUUUACCAGGGGGUCUUCAGAAAAGAGGAUGACAUCCAUGCUGAAGAGUGCUUCCUCUACUGGUUCCACGCCCAAUUACUGGAAGUGUUGCCCCCUAGUAAAGAGUACAAGAUCACCUGGUAUGUGUCCUGGAGCCCCUGUGGCAGCUGUGCGGAGCAGGUGGCCAGGUUCCUGGCCACCCACCGCAACCUGAGCCUGGCCAUCUUCAGCUCCCGCCUCUACUAUUUUUGGGACCCCCACUACCAGCACAAGCUCCACAGGCUGAUUCAGGCAGGAGCCCAGAUAGCUGCCAUGGACUUCCCAGAAUUUAAAAAGUGUUGGGACGCGUUUGUGGACAAUGGCGGCAAGUCGUUCAGGCCUUGGAAGAAACUUAAAAUCAAUUUUAGGUUCCAGGAUUCCAAGCUUUGGGAUAUUCUCAGAAACCCGGUGAAUCUGCUGAGAGAAGACAUAUUCAACUUGCAGUUUAACAACGGGCAGUGGGUUGAGCCCGUCCAGCAUCGCUUCUACCAAAGGACGACCUAUCUGUGCUACCAGCUGGAGCAGUACGAUGACCAAGAGCCGCUCAAAGGCUGCCUGCAAAACAAGAAAGGUAAACAUGCAGAAAUCCUCUUCAUUGAUGAGAUGCGUUCCUUGGAGCUGGGCCAAGUGCGAAUCACCUGCUACCUCACAUGGAGCCCCUGCCCGAACUGUGCCCAGAAACUGGCUGCGUUCAAAAGGGAUCACCCAGACCUGGUUCUGCGCGUCUACACCUCCCGCCUGUACUUCCACUGGAGGAGGAAGUACCAAGAGGGGCUGUGUUCUCUGUGGCAAUCAGGGAUCCAGGUGGACGUCAUGGACCUCCCGCAAUUUAUUGACUGCUGGACAAACUUUGUGAACCCCCAAAGGCCAUUCCAGCCAUGGAAUCAACUGGAGAAAAACAGCAGGUGCAUACAAAGACGGCUCCGGAGGAUCAAGGAGUCCUGGGGCCUGCAAGGUUUGUUGAAUGACUUUGGAAAUCUACAGCUUGGACCCCCGUUGCCCUGAGUGGCAAGAAGAGAUUCAAGACAGUCUCAAGCAUGUCCUUUGGCAUCCGCCCCGAUGCCGGGUCUAGAAGACCUCGCUCUCCUAUUUCUUUUCUCUUUUAUUUUGUUUUGUUGUUGUUGUUUUGUUUCUGUUUUGUUACUUGAUGCAGAGUCUCACUGUGUAGCUUGCUACUCUGGAACUCGCUACUAGACUAGGCUGGCCUGAAAGUCAUAGAGAUCCACCUGCCUCUGUCUUCUGAGUGCUGGGAUUAAGGAAUGCGCCACCAUUCCGGACCUUCCCUUCCUUUCUUUUAUUCUCAUUUUAUCUUUUUUUUUUUUUUUCAUUAAUAGGUGCUUAAUUUUGUAAUUGAAAAAUUUAAGUUGGGCUGGGCAUGGUGGCUCACACCUUUAACCCAGUACUUGGGAAGCAGGGGCAGGAGGAUCUCCAAGAGUUCGAGGCCAGCCUGGUCUAUAGAGAGAGUUCCAGGAUAGCCAGGACUGCACAGAGAAACCUUGUCUUGAAAUAAAUAAAUAAAUAAAAAAGAAGGGAAAAGAAAAAAGAAAAUUAAGAAAUUAA